AUGUCGUCCCAGCCAACGUCGAGCACAACAGAACCCAAGUCCAGCGAACCGCCUGUUGCUGUAGAACCUGAGUUCAAGUACUACCGAGCUCCACAGUCUAUUGCAGCUCCUCGAGAGCUACCCGAUUCGUACUUCACACCAACCUAUGCCGAUCUCAAGGCUGCCCAGGCGUCUCUGACCGCGCGCACUCAGGCCCUCACCAAUGCUCCGCUACGUACGCAAGCUAUGCGCGAUGCGGAGGACAAGGUCAAGCGAGCGAGAUGGCCACAUACCGCUGUCCGAGUCAAGUUCAGCGAUCGCAGCCAGCUCGAGAAAACAUUUCAGUCCACGGACAAGAUCCGUUCCGUCUACGCCUUCGUGCGGGGCUCGCUGCGCGAGGAUGUGAGACCCAUCAAGUUCGUGCUAUACCAGACACCACCGAAACGCGAGUUCAAGGUUUCUGAUCCAGACGUGCGCAAUUUAUCGCUGGCAGAGCUGCAGCUGGCUCCGUCGUCGGUGCUGCUGCUGCGUUUUGAGGACGAUGCCCUCAACCACGUGGAUGUCCCAGCACCACUCGACCCAUCUAUACUGGCCCAAGUGGAGGAUCUGCCUAUCCCACCCGACUUUGAUUCCGAGUUACCUUCGGAGACAUCAUCAGUGAAGAAUUCGACGGCUGCGUCUUCAUCUGCUCCCAGUACCUCAGGAAAAUCGGAAAUUAAAGUUCCGAAGUGGCUGAAAAUGGGCUCAAAGAAGUGA